GAUUAAGUAUUUUACCCAAAUUUGGAGCGUAUAUGAAGUUUGCCCUCAUGUAGUGCAGAGAAAUAGAGCGUCAUGAUCAUCUUAUUUUCUACUACAACAGAAGAUUUUUCAAUAUUCAGUUAAAGAGUCCUGCUUCAAUAUUUUUGCCUCGAGCAUGGUAGCAGAGGAACACUGUCUGUUUGUAGCAAUGCUGCAGUGGAAAUGGCUGCUAAAGACGGAGAGUUAAGGAUCUUCAUGGUCUCUGGAGAAAUUUCAGGAGAUGUCAAAGCUUCUCGUCUCAUGGCGUCUCUUAGAAGCUCUGUCCAUUCCCAAUCCGUUUCACCGGCGUCAAAGGUUGCCUUUUCCACAUCUUCAUCACAUCCGAUGAUUCCGAUGCGACCCGCCACAACUCGGCACACCAGUAUGGCACGCUUCACAUUCGUGAAGGUGAAUUCCUCUUCGAUCUCAUCAGGCAGCGCCAUGUGUGCUCUCCAACUGCUCGAUAGCGUCAAUAUGCCGUCCAUCUUGGCGGAGAACCCCGACCUUAUGAUCCCGCAAAUAUUGUAGUACUGUUGAGUGCAAAGACUAGAAUUCCCGUUGAUUCCCAAAUCACAAACAAAAGUCGAACUCUCAACAAUUCGUCACCAUCUGCAAUGCACCUUUCAUCUCGUUUUCUAACCCCGUUUCAAAGAUGAUUUGAACGAUAUUUUUCCAAUGAGUCGCCAUCCGCGAGCUCUGAAAUGGCCUGCUUGAGAGAUUGGUGUUGUUCGAGAAAUUGGUUUGAGGGGGUGGUGGGGGAAUCUCUCCGCAUACAGAGAAGGGGAAUAUAUCGCUUCGGAGGGGAAACGAAGAUUGGUCGACCGAGCUAUCGGGCUCAUUACGAGAAGGAAUUGCUGUGACGAUCUCGCGGAUGAUAAAGCUGGUGUUGUGGGGUGGGUUUCAAUUUCUUUCUUCCAAUUCUUAAAGAGAAGAUUGUUUGAGAUAUGACCAAGAUGAACAAUAUGGAAAUUAAAAAAUAUUGUAAAGGCGUUUUUGGACCAAAGGCUAACAGAAAGGGUC